AUCGUGAAAGUCCCAGUGGACAUAACGGUCAAUGGGCGCACGUACAGCGAUGAGGUCGAGCCGCGACAGUUGCUCGUUCACUUCAUUCGCGAGAACGCCGCGCUCACAGGUACCAAGGUCGGGUGCGACACGAGUCAGUGCGGGUCUUGCACCGUCACGAUGGACAGGGUCAGCGUCAAGUCGUGUACGACGCUGACGGUACAGGCUAACGGCUCGUCGAUCACGACGAUAGAAGGGCUGUCGGACGGUGUUGAUCUACAUCCCCUGCAGGAGGCCUUCUGGAAUAAUCAUGGGCUCCAAUGCGGGUUCUGCACUCCGGGAAUGAUCAUGGCGGCGAGCGAGUUGCUGCGCAUCAACCCGGACCCUUCGCGAGAAGAAAUCCGGGAAGGGCUGGAGGGCAACCUCUGCCGAUGCACCGGAAAUCAAAACAUCGUGCUGGCCGUCGAAGACGCAGCACGAACGAUGGGAGGCUAG